AGCGGUGGAACGUGAACAUCGUGUUUCACUGCGGACUCGGGACGACGGGACGGAGACUCGGGACCAUUUCCCCCCGCAGAGCCGGGGUUCUCCUGUGGAAACAGACGUGGGGGGGGGACCUCGCCAUUACUUCGACUAAUGAAGAGUUCAACGAAUUAAGAGCGCGGGAACAGUGGGAGUCUCGAGGACGUGACUACAAAGGACAACAAUACACAAACCGCAGAGCUCCAGACUCACUGGAGCCAGCAACUUGUGAGACGUCCCAGAGCCGCAGCACGACCCCCGUGGCUGACGGAGCAAAAACUCUGACUGUACGUUGGUUUGAGAAUCAGCUUGGAGAGGACCUGGGAGUUGUUGUUGAUGAGAACUGGUCAGUACCUUAAUACUGAACCUGUGGACUUGUACCAGUGAGACCUGCUACAACGUGUCACUUUGACAGAGGUCCCGAUCUCCGCUCCUGCAGCCUGCACCCCCUCCCUCCCUCCAUCAGUGGUGGUGACCCAGCUCCGGACAGCUUGCUGCAGGGCCCUUCCUGAGCAGCAGCAGCUGCGUCCUGCUAGCUGACUCCCCUCCCUCCCCUGCUUCCUGUCCUUGGUCAGACAAGGCUAAAGCCUCCUCUCCCCUACCCCACCCAUCAUCUCUGUACCCUCUCACACACACUCAAGCGGUUUAUUUUGUUGACUACAUUCUCACACACCGGUUUAGGCUACCAACACUAUUCGGAGAUCAGCAGCAGGGGACUCAUAGAGCCCUCGGUCCCUUUUGAAUUGACCAUCCUACAGAGUUCCUGCCUGUUACCCACACUACAGCCAUGACCUCCAUGUCCAGUCUUUUCUCCUUCACAAGCCCAGCAGUCAAACGGCUGCUUGGCUGGAAGCAGGGGGACGAGGAGGAGAAAUGGGCAGAAAAGGCGGUGGAUGCGCUGGUGAAGAAGCUGAAGAAAAAGAAAGGUGCCAUGGAGGACCUGGAAAAAGCCCUGAGCUGCCCGGGACAGCCCAGCAAGUGUGUUACCAUUCCAAGAUCAUUGGACGGCCGGCUACAGGUUUCCCACAGGAAAGGUCUUCCUCACGUCAUCUACUGCCGAGUGUGGCGCUGGCCCGACCUCCAGUCCCACCACGAGCUCAAACCCCUGGAGGUGUGCGAGUACCCGUUUGGCUCCAAACAGAAGGAGGUCUGCAUCAACCCAUAUCACUACAAGCGAGUGGAGAGCCCUGUGCUUCCUCCUGUCCUGGUACCACGGCACAGCGAGUUCAACCCACAGCAUAGCUUGCUGGUACAGUUCCGGAACCUCACCCACAAUGAGCCACACAUGCCCCUGAAUGCCACCUUUCCAGAGUCCUUCCAGCAGCCCCACAGUGGGGGCGGCAGCAGCGGUGGAGGAGGCUCUUUCCCCAUCUCUCCAAACUCGCCCUUUCCUCCUUCUCCAGCCAGCAGUGGUACUUAUCCAAAUUCUCCUGCCAGCUCGGGGCCCUCCAGUCCAUUCCAGCUCCCAGCUGACACCCCACCCCCAGCCUACAUGCCCCCUGAUGAGCAGCUGGGCCAGGAGAACCAGUCCAUGGAAACAAGCAGCAGCGUGGUGCCGCUGAACAUGCCCAGAGGAGAUGUGCAACCAGUAGAGUACGAGGAGCCGAGCCACUGGUGCUCUAUUGUCUACUAUGAGCUCAACAAUCGUGUAGGUGAGGCUUAUCAUGCCUCCUCAACCAGUGUUCUCGUGGACGGCUUCACUGACCCUUCAAACAACAAGAACCGCUUCUGCCUCGGACUUCUAUCCAACGUCAACCGCAACUCCACAAUCGAAAACACCCGUCGACACAUUGGCAAAGGUGUGCACCUGUACUAUGUGGGAGGGGAGGUUUAUGCAGAGUGCCUCAGUGACACCAGCAUUUUUGUCCAGAGCCGCAACUGUAAUUAUCACCAUGGCUUCCACCCCACCACUGUCUGCAAGAUCCCCAGUGGAUGUAGCCUCAAGAUUUUCAACAAUCAGGAGUUUGCUCAGCUUCUGGCCCAGUCGGUCAACCACGGCUUUGAGGCCGUCUACGAGCUUACCAAGAUGUGCACCAUUAGGAUGAGCUUUGUCAAGGGCUGGGGAGCUGAGUACCACCGACAGGACGUCACCAGCACCCCCUGCUGGAUCGAAGUGCACCUGCAUGGGCCCCUCCAGUGGCUGGACAAGGUCCUAACACAAAUGGGUUCGCCUCUCAACCCCAUCUCCUCUGUGUCCUAAUGAUGGACUUGUGGAGCUUGGGAGCCCCUUUUUUUUACCUUCUAC